AUGUCCGCUGUCGGCAGUGCCAUCCUUGCUGUGUUGACUGCCGCAUUUGUACAGCUUCUUGCACUCAAUCUUGGCGCUGGUGGUUACCAAGCGGUGCGUCGCCCUUUGCUAUCGCGGCUCAAGCUGGACAGGCAACAUGCCCUUGCAGCAUCCUCAAUGUACGAAGUCUUGGCCAUGUACGAGGUCUUGGCCAUGUCCGCACCCUUGCUCCAACGUUGCGCAUCAUCCGGCUUUGUUCGACCGAUCAGAGCUCAUUCCUUAGCAAUGCCUCCACAUGCAUGCUUUCCGUCGAGGUUUGCGGUGGCCAGCUCAGCGGCGAUACACGACCCUAAACUGCGUCGAACAGCGGCCUUGCAAGUUCCCGCUCUAUCGGCUAAACCUCCUUGGCCGAGAACCUUAGCCGAGGUGGCAGCAUUCCUGCUUUCCUCGGCCGACACUAGCAUUGACGUGCCCAAUUGUACCUUCACCUCUAAGCUUCAUCUUCUACAGCCUUGCAGCAUGGCCCCCGACGGCGGAGACAGCAUCGUACUGUCAGGCGACGGCAGCACCUCGAACAGGCUCGCCGCCACGGUCGCCGGUCAGGGCUCAAACCAGUCAGCCUAUCGAAAGGGCUUCAAGGCCUACAUACAGCCACUCGAUGAGAACACCAAGUCCGGAUCCAAGCCACAGGCAAGAAGAUCGUCGGCGAAAAACUGCUUCGUCAACACUACCGGCAAGCCCGAGCCGGACGGCCACUCGGACUACCUCAGCCUGCCUCACUUUGAAGAUUUCUUCAAGAUCGACGAGGCGGAACGCUUCAUGGCCAGCGCCCACAUCCAGUCUGCCUCCGUAGAGGAGGUGGCCAGCAUCGUCAAGCUGGCCAACAAGUACAGGCAGCCGCUCCACGCCGUCUCCAUGGGUCGUAACCUCGGAUACGGCGGCUUCGCUGUACGACUGCGCGGAACUGAGAUCCUCGACCUCAAGAGGAUGAACAAGGUGCUUCAGAUCGACGAAGACUCCGCCUUCUGCUUGCUCGAGCCGGGCGUCUCCUACUUUGACCUCUACGAGGAGAUCCAGAGGCGCAACUCGCAGUUGUGGGUCGACUGCCCCGACAUUGGAUGGGGAAGCGUCGUUGGCAACAUGGCCGAACGAGGCGCCGGCUACACCCCCUAUGGAGACCACUUUAUGUUCCACUGCGGCAUGGAGGUCGUGCUGCCCAACGGUGACAUUGUCCGCACCGGAAAUGGCGCCAUGGAAGGCAGCGAUACCUGGCAGACAUUCCCGUACGGCUUCGGUCCCUAUCACGAUGGCAUCUUUACGCAGUCCAGUCUCGGCAUCAUCACCAAGGCUGGAUUCUGGCUUCUGCUCAACCCGGGUGGCUUCAAGCCUUUUCUGAUCACCGUGCCUCGCAAAGAGGAUUUGCACGAGCUGGUCGAGCGCAUCCGACCCCUGCGCAACCGUAUGAUCAUCCAGAACGCCCCGACCAUUCGCCACGUCCUGCUCGACGCUGCAUGCCUUCGACAGCGCAAGGACUGGGAAGGUGGCCAGCUCAGCGAAGGCGCUCUGCCCGACGAAAAGGUCUACGAGAUUGCGGAACAGCUCGAUCUUGGCUACUGGGGCUUUUACGGAGCGCUCUACGGCCCGCCACCCAUGCAAGACAUGCUGUGGAGCGUCAUUUGGGGAUCGCUGUCGCAGAUCAAGGGCUCCAAGCACUACUUUGAGGAAGAUGUCGGUCCUUCGUCGAUCUUGCACUCACGUGCCAAGACGCUGGCCGGCAUCCCCAAUUUGCUCGAGCUCGACUGGAUCAGCUGGCUUGAUAACGGCGCCCACUGCUUCUUCUCGCCCAUCUCCAACGUCACCGGCGACGCGGCUAUGGGGCAAUGGCAGCUGCUCGAGGAAAAGUGCCGUCAGUACGGCUUCGACCCCAUCUGCACCCAGGUGAUCGGCCUGCGCGAGCUACACAACAUCUGCUGCAUCGUCUACGAUCGCCACAGCAAGGAGCAGCGCGAUCGCAUGCGCACCUUGAUGCAAGACCUCAUCCAGGCUGCCGCCGACAAGGGCUGGAGCGAGUACCGCACCCAUCUUGCCUUCCAGGAUCAGGUGGCUGGAACGUUUAACUUUAACGGUGGCGCCAUCAGCCGUCUCAACGAGACGCUCAAGGACGCGCUUGAUCCCAAUGGCAUUCUUUCGCCCGGCAAGAAUGGCGUCUGGGGCCAACGCUUUAGUCACUUGCGGAACAAGGCCUAG